AUGCGCAGUGCCCUACUGGAUGAGUUCCGUGUCAACGGCAACAAGUCCAACAAGCGCUACGAGCUUAGGGACAUUUAUAACCACGCUGUGGAGUUCAGUGGAGAUCAGCAUGGCUCGAGAUUCAUCCAGCAGAAACUGGAAUCUGCGAACAGUGAUGAAAAGGAGCAGAUAUUCCGCGAGAUUGAGCCCAACGCCCUUCAACUCAUGAAAGACGUCUUUGGCAAUUACGUCGUGCAGAAGUUCUUUGAAUACGGAAGCCAGCUUCAGAAGAAAAUCUUGGCGGAAAAGAUGAAGGGGAAAGUGGUUGAUCUUUCAGUCCAAGUUUACGCCUGUCGUGUCGUCCAGAAGGCCCUUGAGCACAUCCUGGUCGAACAGCAGGCUGAGCUGACACGGGAACUGGAACCUGAGAUCUUGCGAGUAAUCAAAGAUCAGAACGGCAACCAUGUUGUCCAGAAGAUUAUUGAACUCGUCCCGAGACAGUAUAUUGACUUUAUUAUGAACGCUGUGCGUGGCCAAGUGACGCCCCUGGCUUCUCACGCGUAUGGCUGCCGAGUCAUACAACGGCUGCUGGAAUAUGGCACCGAGGCCGACAAAGCGGAGAUUAUGGGCGAACUACAUGCUUCAGCUCAGAUCCUCAUUACGGACCAGUACGGCAACUAUGUGGCUCAGCACGUCAUCCAGAACGGCGAACUAGAGGAUCGCGAGAGGAUCAUUCAGCUUGUCAUGGGCCAGCUCCUCACCCUUUCUAAGCAUAAAUUUGCGUCCAAUGUUGUGGAGAAGUGCAUUGAGUACGGCACGCCGGCGCAGCGCACGACCAUUCGAGAGCAGCUGACAACUACCGGACCCGAUGGAAACAACCCACUGCAGCAGAUGAUGAGAGACCAGUUUGGAAAUUAUGUCAUUCAAAAGAUGCUGGGUCAGCUACAGGGUGAAGAGAGGGACCUCUUGGUCGAGGAGAUUAAACCCCAAUUCUACAGUCUGAAGAAGAGUGUGGCGUCUCGACAGAUUCAGGCGCUGGAGAAGCUUCUCGGAUUGAGUGGCUCCAAGAGCGAAUCAUCUACUCAGUCAGACACCAACUCUGUGGCCGAAGUUCCCUCCCUGACGCAUGAAACCAAUAGCCCGCAAACCAGCAGCCCGCCCAGCACUCAUGCCAGCGCGGUCGGAGUCCCAUCCACUGAUGCCACAGACAAAGGUUCAAGCAACCCUAUCCACGGAGUGUCUGUGCAGGUGCAAGAUGCCGAGUAG